GAUACCAGCCUCGUAGCUCGAGCAAACUUCGCCAUAUCCAUAAUCCCACAGUUGUAAGAGGUAUUUUAUCCAUUUCACAACUUUAUAGUUGCAAAAGAUGUGUCAUUUAUAAUUUUUGAACGUGUCGUGAUUUUGAAAUUUUAUAAUGACGAAACAUGUAUUUUCCACCAAAAUCUUGAAAUGGAUAUGGGUAGAUUGUUGACACACCUCUCCCAGUGGUUAUUGAUUGUUUGAGUGACCCGGUGGAUGAUCGAUCAUUAACCAUAGCAAAAAAACGUGCCAGUGGUGACACUUUCUCGAUGUCUAGGUCCUCUUCUCAGGUCGGUCCGCUGGCGGCUGCGGCCCAUUCUCCUGAUGGGCUUUCCUCACCAGUUCAUCCGCUAAAUUAAUCGCCGGCCCGUCCAUCAGCUUACGCACUCCCCGAUAAGCCCGGCCCAAAUAGUCGAAAAAGAGACGGCCGGCCGGCAGAAGAGUGUGGACGUACAACGUUGCAUUUUUUUUUUUAGCUGGGGAAGUGGACAAUUCCUCCUGAUUCCCUCCCUUUCCCCAUCCCACGAAAUGGAAUUUCAGUUUCAGUGGGCGUCUAAGGGAGCCGGAGACUGACUCGAGAGGUUUAAGCUUUUGCACCGCCAUGGCACUGGCCGCUCUGUGUAGUUCUACUGUACCUGCCAUCUCGCCGGAAACAACCUUUCUCGUACCAAUCUCCUUCCCCUGGUUGGUUCCAGGUAUGCUUCGCCUUCUUCUCUCCAAUUUUCCGGCAUCCCCUCCUAUCGGAAACAAUCCUCGGCUAUGUGUUUAACUUCCCUAGCUUCUAGUUGCUCUGAUUGAUCGAUUUAUUAAAAGGAAUUUGCAGUAAGCUCCUCCUGUCUUUGUGAAACUAAUGCUUCCUUUUUCUGUUUCCUCCAAUUUCCAGGACUCGAAGCCCUAGCAAAUCAUAUCCGGUCCGAGCAGCUGUGGUGCGCGAACAGGAGGAGAAGGAGGUGGUUGUAGAAGAAACUUUUCAACCCAAGACAUCCGGCUUCGAUGUACAGGAGGGCGGCGGUGGCUCACAGUCACAGAGGGAGCCUCCUCAACCUGAUUCUGAUCAGUUGAUCAUCAAGAUUGAGCAAUCCAUUAACGUCUUUCUCACUGUAAUUUUAUCCAUUUCGAUUGUUAGGCACACACACACACUUCUAAUCCUAAAAUGUUCUUCUGAUUAGAUUUCCCGGGGCAGUGUUUCUGCUUCUGAUUAUAGUAGCUCUACUGAUAUUGCCAGGACACGCUGAUAAAGGUUCUCGACACCUUCUACCGCGAUCGAGAUUAUGCUAGGUUCUUCGUCCUUGAAACCAUUGCGAGGGUUCCUUAUUUUGGUGAGUCGUUGUUGUUGUUGUUUACGUAGCUAACUACUCUUUAUUCGUCAGUUUGGUACUAAUACUUGUGACUGACUAUCCACGGUUCAUUUCUUUCGCAGCCUUCAUUUCAGUUCUGCACUUGUAUGAGAGUUUUGGUUGGUGGAGAAGAGCAGAUUAUCUGAAAGUUCAUUUUGCUGAGAGUUGGAAUGAGAUGCACCACUUACUCAUCAUGGAAGUAAGGGUCCUUUGCGAAUAAUAAGUGUCCACUAUAUCUUGUGGCAUUGUUAAUAUUCAGUGGCAGGACAUGGUAUAUUAUACUUGUGAAGUUGUCAUCACUUAAUUCCUCCCCAUGCCCACGUGGUAAUUUCCCCGAGUGUAGGAUUGUGCAGAUGAGGGAAGAUUUGAUUGCAUUUUGAUUGUCAAUAAAAAGAAAGAGGUUUGCAAUAACAGGGAACCAGAAUUACAACUUAUAUUGAUGAUGGCAAUGGUUUUGUGUUUGCAGGAACUGGGGGGAAAUAGUUGGUGGUUUGACCGAUUCCUCGCAAAACAUAUUGCAGUCUUUUACUAUUUUAUGACCGUCUUUAUGUAUGCAUUGAGCCCAAGAAUGGCUUGUAAGUGCUUUCUCUGUUUUGAUUUAAGUACUUCCAUAUAUCUCCUCUUUUAUACAUUUCCUCUAGUUUUCUCUUUCGUUACUGUUCAUCGUUGUUUUCUAUGGUAGGUAAUAGAUGGCAUAUUAAAUGAAAUCCUUGAUCAUAGAGGCUAAUGUGUUAUACUUUGCUCAAACAAUAAAAAGAAGCAACGUUUACUCUUUUCUUUCACGGAGUUCACCAGGACCUGCAAAAACUUCUCAUUUCUGAUAUUCAAUCGUUUGAGUUUCUUUAGGUCAGAGGAUGAAUAAUCUGUUUGUCCUUCUUGAUGAGCAGUUCAUCCUAAAAUAAUUUUGUUCAUCAUCGUUGCAGAUCACUUUUCGGAAUGCGUGGAACACCAUGCUUAUUCAACCUAUGAUAAAUUUAUCAAGGCGAAUGGAGGUAUGGUGGCAAACAAUCUUGGAUCGCCUGUUAGAUUAUUGCUGUCUUUUGAUUACAAAUUAUCCAUAUAGUUUAUCUGUCGGAUGGUGGUGUUUGUGAUUAGAUGGUUGCGUCCUGGAAUCAUGCUGUGCAUUAAACCUUGAGUAAGACCCUUAUCAUCUAUUAGAAAUUGCACCCUCAUGUUUGACAGAGCUUUGACCAUCAUUUCAUAAAGCUGCUCCCUCAAGUGUUCGUUUAUUUUAGCUUCUAUAGAGAAAUAAAUGCUGAAAAUCGAGUCAUAGGAACUGGAGGUAGUUAAAUGGAUAAAUUUUUUGAUGGAUUCUGCUGAACAAAGUUGAAUAUUGUCUUUAAGGGGAAUGGAAAGAAAUAAAAGUACAUUAUCCAUGGCAAGAGAAAACUAUCUUUUCCACAGGUGUUUCUGUUUGCUCUUCAAGCUUAACGAAAUAGGGUAGUAGAAAAGAGAUUCAAGAAAGCUAGCCGCAAGAAACAUAUCCACCAAUUGAUUCAUCCUACUCACUGUGGUGCACAUAUCUGUGCAGACGAGUUGAAGGAAAUGCCAGCGCCGGAGGUUGCAGUUAGGUACUACACCGGCGGUGACUUGUACUUGUUUGAUGAAUUUCAGACUUCCAGAGUCCCUAACUCACGUAGGCCGAGAAUAGGUAGUUUGUACGACACUUUUGUGAACAUCAGAGAAGAUGAGGGGGAACACUGCAAAACCAUGAAGGCAUGUCAAACUCCUGGUAAUCUGCGCUCUCCACAUUCAUAUGCUGCUGAUGACAGCAAUGAAGAUGAAUCAUCUUGCGAAGGCAUUGUUGACUGCUUAAAGAAAUCUGUAGGUCCUGCUUUAUCCAAGACUAAACAGUAAAGUUUAACCAACAGAAACCUUGGAUACUAUAUUUUGACUGUAUGUAAAUGCUACAACUUAUACAAAUUAUAGAGUGGAUUUAGACAUUGAGAAAACAAUAUACGGCAGCGGGAUAAGGAGUAUUAACUCCCCUCCAAGAUCUAGAAUCAAAUGUAUAAACUUUAUUGUGAAUUCUUUAUUUUGGUUGUGUCAAUUCUUUUAUUCUACUAAUCUCUUGAACAGUGAUGGCAAUUUGAACUUGUCCUGUUGGUAUUAUUCGAUUUGACCAGUGAUGAGGUGGGUAUUACCCAAUCCGCAGUAGUGUGGGUGGGGCAAGAUUGCAAGAGUAUCUACUUUCGACUCGCCUAGGGCUGCAAAUGAGUCGAGCGGCUCGACGUUCGACUCGAGAAAAGCUCGUUCGAAACUCGACUCGUUAAUAAACGAGUCGAACAUCAGUUAAGCUUUGUUCAGCUCGUGAAGCUCGCGAGCUAGCUCGACUCGGUGGCUUGUUGAGCUAAACAAGUGAGUUAACUCGUUUAGAGCUCAUGAUAUGUCUCAACAUGUAGCUAGAGAGCUCACUCGAUUGCCGACUUAUGAACGAAUCAAUCUAUAUCUUAUGAUUUUAAUUCAUAUGGUUGUUAAAUUAUAUAUCUCGCCAUAUAUAAAGUUUAACACGUUGAGUAUGUUAGCAAAUAUAUCUUAUUUUCUAUUUUAAAAAGAAAUUAUGUAUCAUAGAUGAUAUAUGAUACCAACAAAGUAUAAUAUAAGAUUAGCUAACAAAAUAAAUCAUAUGUAUCAAGAUAUACAAAAUGAAGUACCAAAUAAAAGUCAAGAUUUUAGUAAACAAGCUAGCUCGAGCUCGACUCGACUCGACUCGUUAUUAAACGAGCUGAGCUCGAGUUCAGCUCGUUUAUUAAUGAGCCGAGAUCAAUCUGGGGUAAAACUCGACUCGACUCGGGUCAUUUGCAGCCCUAGACUCGCUUUGCCCCGUCCCGUUUUUGGCACAUUCUAUAUCAAUUUUUUAUAGUUUCCAUCAUUGUUAUAAGAACCGAACUGGAUCAAUGGUCGGUCCAGUAGAACCGUUAAACCAGUUACGAUAGCGGUCCGGUUCAUUGCUUGAACAGUUAUUGAUGGACCAAACGAUUUUUCACGGUUCAACAUAAAAUCAGAUGACCAACACGGUUUAACUGGUUCACUAUUUUAACAAAAAAUGCUUUAACUGGUCGACUUUACGUUGUCUACUACCGAUUAGAACUGUAAUUUUUAAUUUGAAUUAAAAAAAUGUGGUUUCUUUUGUGAGAUGGUUGGAAUUAUUUAUUAGAUAUUUUGGUGAUGAUAUGAAUUUGAACUUUGUUUAUGGUAAUUGAUAAUUUCAUUCUUAAAUUAGUGUAAUAUACAAGUCUUAUAUGUUAUAUAUCAUAAACAAUUCUAUCAACGGUUCACCAACGGUUUUGUAACGGUUAACUGCUGAACCCUAAACCCUAAACCACUAACGUUUCCGGUUCAGCCUUCGGUUCGGUUCUAAAAACAGAGGUUUCCAUGCAUAUUUCUCCUAAUAUGACUUUUCUUCAACUAAUUAGAGUCGGUAAAUUUAACUUGUUAGACUCAAUUACCAAUUUUUAUAUUACUAUUUUUCAUUCAUAAAAUAUUUUCAAAUUCGUUUUAUCGUAAAAACUAAAUUUGCGUGUAUUUUUCUCAAAUAACAUGUAAAAAUGAUUCGAGACGUCCCAUAAAAUAUGAAUAUUGAGGUAACCGCCCUCGUUACCAAUGGCGGAUACAUGAUGCUUUAGGGGUGUCCCGGGACACCCCUACAUUUUGGGAACACGAUUAUCCAACUCCUAGUAGUAGUUUCGUAUGGAUAAACAAAAUAUAACUGGUAAUCUGGGACACCACUAAAAUUUUAAUAAACGAUUAUCUUACCC